UGUUGUUGUUCAGUCCAGGUAGAUAGUUAGACUGACGAUGAUUAUUUUUUAUACUCUCCUUGUCAUCUGUUUUCUUCUACUCUCUGGUUAAAACUCCAUGACUGCGAGCUUCAUCUUUUCCCUCCUUCCCUUCUACACGUCAGUCCAGGUAGACAUAGACUGGCGGCACGUUUUUAUUUUUUACUUUCCCUUUCUUCUUCCUUCACAUUACCUUGCAGUUCAUUCCAAGUAGUUAGACACACAGUACAGUAUUUCUUUGUUGAGCUGUUCCUCUCUUUUCAUCAUCUUUUAUUCUUUCGUAAUUCCACUGAGUUAGUAAGACACAUUUUUUUGGCAUGAUUUGUUUUUAUUUGUUCUUUACGUUACAUUAUAUUGUUACAUUUUUCUUCUGCAUGUAUAAUAAAGAGUUUCAACGAGUUUCAGCAGUUCGUCACAAGUAAUAAAUCUAACGCUGUCUUAUUUUGUUACGUGUUCGAGUACGUUCUCUUCUUUGUUGCCUUGUAAUUCAGCUUAGCCAGGGAGACAGACGACGCUUUAUUGUUUACGAUAUACUUCUGUUAUGUUUAUUUAAUCCUUUUCUUCUUUGCCUUUCCUCGUAGUCCAGCUCAAAUAGUAAGACUGAGGCUCUCUAGUGUCAUUUUUUAUACUUUUUUUGUUAUAUCUUCUUGUCUUUCGCAGUCCAGCACACCUAGCAAGACUGAGGCACAUUAUUAACAUUUUUCGAGAUAAACUGAUUUUGUUAUGUUUUACUCUUUUCUUAACGUUACCUCGCAGUCCAGCCCAAGUAGUCAGAAUGAGGCACAUUACUAUUUUUCUGUUUGUUCCCCGCGCUCCGAAACCUCCGGACCGGGGUAAGAAGUAGCCCGUAGCAUGCAAAGUGGCGGAAGACGCGGGUCACGCCACAGCCCCGAGGCUCAGGCGGCGGCCCUCUGCUUUAUGGCCCUGGCGGCGGUGCAUGUGUAGUGUGUUGACUUUGUGGUGCUCUCAGCCUUACGCGGAGGGCGGGACCGAGCUCCUCCGCGUCUCUACUUGGGUAACCUUACGUAGAUGACCUCAGUGUGUCCCAAAGGCUGAUGAACUGGCCUCCUCCGCGUCUCUACUUAACUAACCUUACGAAGAUAACCUCAGCUUGUCCCAAAGGCUGUAAGGUCGGUAUUAUUAAACCCUUCGAAGGCUUACUAGUCCAUUUACUUAGUCCAUCUGUUUAGAAAAGGCUCUCGCAGAAGUUGUCGGUGUUUCCAUGAGUGGUUUCAUGACCCUGGUGGUAGUUUUGGAAGGCUUCUGCGUCGUGAACGGGAAAUACACUCAUAACAACCAGACGUAGCUCCUCUCUGGCGCUAAGAAAUAAUCGUAACAAGAUCCACAAACGUUUGAUGAUAGGAAUGUUAGUUCGUCUCUUCACAGCGUUAAAAGAUUCAUUAGUACGUUUAUAGAAUUGUCCCAUUGUACCGCAGAAAAGACCGUGUUGUAUCCUGACCGUAUAAACCUGAAAUUAGGGUAGUGUUGGACGCCGGUGAUAAUGAACAAAAAGUAAAAAUAAGUAAACAAAAAUGAUAAGGCGAUAUUGAGCGUGUGUGCGUUUGGAAACACCCAAGAUAACUAACUCUGUGUGUGUGUGUGUGUGUGUGUGUGUGUGUGUGUGUGUGUGUGUGUGUGUGUGUGUCGCGCCUCCCGCCGCUGCACUCACUCAGGACAAGCGAGGAGAGGGUUAGUGUCCGCUAAGGAGGGUACAGGGACGGUUGCGUGUGCUGUGCUACGCUGUGCUAGUGAUGAUUUAAUGGUGAGUGAUGCGGGCCAGACAAAGGAGCAGAGUAACUUAGUGAGGUGCCCGCCACCGCCGCCGCCGCCGCCGCCGCCGCCCUCAGGUGCCGGCAAGUGAGCAGCGAGGACUCGCGGCGGUGACGUGCACCGUUAUCAUGUCGUGUGCCGGGAACACGUCGAGCAUUGAUCGAGGCGUGACCCGGGCGAGGCCCUGACGGCGAUGCUUCGCUGUGUCUGCGUACAGCGUGCCGGUGACGUCACGGGUCACGCUUAGUGUGGCUCGGCGGCGGCCUCAGCCACAGGGCCGCCGCCGCCGCCCGGCCCGCCGCGCCCCGCACUCCCUCCGCAGACCUUGUGCCACUCGGGCCGCCUGCUCCCUCCAGCCUUGGCCGCCGCCGCCACACGUGCUGCAGCACCUCGCCUCCAGGACGCGGCGCUCCAUGCAACAACGACAUAAACAUUAUUAGCCCGAUGAUUCUUAUUGUUCGAGGAAGCUGAUCUGUCAAUAGCAAUUAUACCCGAUUACUCACGCAUGACUGAAACAGAUGCUACUGUUGUGGAGGUACCCAUGAAGACUCUGAAGGUCAGGUCACGCUAGCGUCCCCGAAGUCAAGGUGCGCUCAUCCCUCACACAAAGACUCACCUGUAGCAAGACUCGCCUGCAACCGCCCCGCCCCGCCCCGUCCCCACUCCCUGACCUCGCACCUGGAAAUAUUCUGCUUUCAUUUAAUUUUUUGCUCGACUUAACUGGUGGCAUCGUGAGCCUCCUGACUCUGCAAGUCGCCCUCGUCACGCCAACUCGCGGCUUCUUCGACGCCAGCUAACGUUUGCAGCCACAUUAUCGUUCUCACGCCAUCCUUCCUCGUCCGCCGCACGCCAGCCCGCACGCCCUGUGUCGUGACUCUGCGCCAGUGUGGGUCUCGGCGGACCAUUACUGCGGCUCGGCGUGCACGAAAAAGACUAGUGCAGCUGCUGCUCGACGAGGGCUGUGUCGGGCCCCGGGGCUCGCCGCAGCGCUGAGGGCGAGGAGAGACACGACACUCCGGCUCAAACGUGACCUACUGGUGUAGUGGACAAGUAGUGGCGUUGUGUAGGGCGCUGCAGUGCAAGGCAGCGUGCGAGAGACCCUGAACGGUGGACUGGCGCCCCAAGAGCAGCAGAUCGUCGGCUCCGAGGAAGACAAAGGGCCGCCAGCCACUCUCGGUGUGUCGCAGAUCAUGUCAGUAGGUGUUCUUCCAGCCAGCAGGUAUUUUCAUUGGGAAAGUGCCAGGAAGCCUGCCCUCACCCGCUGCGCCUACCGAGCCACCUCCCCGCACCACCAGCCCGCGGGGGUGACCCACCUCCACGCCCAGUAUCCGUGUCCUCACCACCACCGCCACCACCACCGGCCGCGACGGCGACACUUCACGGGGGAGUCUCCGCCGUGGCCGCGACGCUCCAGCGAGGCGGCGCCGCCGUCCCUCGCCUCGUCGUGGCACACCGACUCGUCGAGCCUCCUCACCACAGACUCCCUCACCCUUAGCGGCGAGGAGGCCUCCUCCAGCACUGGCCGCUUCUCCCUGAGUCCCACCUCGCUGUACGUGGCAAGGAACUCCUUCGUAGGCAGCAGGAUGGCCACCGGGGCCCCGAGAAGCACCAGCGAGGGGCCGCGGGGCACGUCCACCGCAGCGGCGCGGGAGGUGAAGCAAUACCUGAACCGUACGUUGUUCCCGCGGCCCUCGUCCACCCUGCAGGGCUACGCCUCCCUCUAUCAUCGCCUCAAGAAGUUGCCAGCCGCCCACAGGAAGGCCCUCCAGCGGAGCAAGGCGGCCGCUCAGCAGGCAGCAGACGCUGAUGCGGCUGCCGCGCACCCCGACGGCCAGGCGGAGUCGGAUAUGGACGACAUUGACUCCCUGGAGGGCCGCUUGCCCUCGCCGCCCCGCCUCGAGAUUCACAUCUACGUGCCCACCGCCGCCGCCGCCGCCGCUGCCGCCGCCGCUCACGACGAGGACGGCUCCGCUCCCCUGUGAGCGUGAGUGCAGCGGCUCCUCGAGACUGUAUAUUCCCGUCCGUUGCUCUCGUCGUUAGUCAGCGUAGCGAAACUCCAGCUGUCCGUGUGACUCGGCCCAGCAGUAUUAACGCCUCAGCCCAAGCAGCCCUGAGCAGCGUCUCGUCAGUACCGAUAAUUUUGUAUCAAGAGGUCAUGCUGGACGUUUCGGCCGUGGCCGCCACACAGAGGCGACAACACGCAACAAAUCAUGGGACGAGUAUUGACAUGUUGAGCCCCAGUCAAAAUUAUGACCAUCAGUAAACCUUUACCAUUACCCUGGUCCAUGUGUGCUGGCCAUGGCCUGAGAAAUGGCCUUUGUAGACCGUUUGCUAUCAAGGGCGAGACGUUUAGUUGUUUUUACCGCCUCGUGUAAAUAGCUGUAUAUCUUGUGUGCCGGCAGCCUCGCGGAGAAUGUUUAUUGUUUUGAGCUGUGUUUAGCCUGUCGCUGGGUGGUGCGAGCGGUGCGCGGCGCGGCGGGAGGCUGAGGCGGUGACUGGCCUGGCGAAGACCUCACCUCCCCGCUGGCCAACGCACCGGAAGACUUCACGUGAAACUAUUAUUGCCGCUUGUUCUGGAAAAGAGUACAUGUAACCUUAAAGCAACGCGGCUCCCUCCCACCCCCUCCCCACCCCUCCCCUCUCCGUCAUGGCAGUGCGCACGAGAGGGGCGAAGGAACACUACAGCUGCUACGCAAAUUAAAGACGAUCGCCGGUCCCUCUUCGUGACUGGGAGUACGCGCCGAACAUAUGAUACAGGGAUACGCGCUGGCCUCGAGGGCGGGCCGGCGCGGUGCCUAAGUGGGAGCCUUAAAGCGUAAUGGGCGUCACGCAGGUGCUCUCCAUCACACACCGCCACUUACCUGUGCCUCCGAGGACUGCUUAAUGGAAGGGAAGGACCAGGCGAAUCAGCCGGCCACCGCUUGCAGGCGUGGCGCGGCGUCCCGUAGCUUGUGGGGGCCAAACAGUGGGGGUCAGAACUGCUAUUGUGGAUUCAGAUACCCAAGUGUCCUCCUCCCUCCCCUUCCCUUCCCUUCCCUUCCCUUCCCUUCCCUACUCUUCUCUUCUCUUCUCUUCUCUUCCCUUCCCUUCCCCUCUCUUCCCUACCCUUUGCUUCCCUUCCAUUCCCUAACUUUCCCUUCCCUUCUCUUCUCUUCCCUUCCUUUUCUUCCCUUCCCUUCCUUUUCUUCCCUUCCCGGCCCCGUUCUCAACCCCAAGCAUUGAUGGAUGUGGGUGUGGGUGUGAGUGAGUGCAUGGGUGAUUCAUGACUAGGAAACACACCAUGCGGGUAAUCACUGUACUUUCCUCUGUCCUCUGCCCUCCACCCUUCCCUUCCUUCCCCCCCACUCAUUCAUUCAUAAAUUAAUACUUACUGUCACGGUGCUUGUUAGUGUUUUUGCGUGCGUACUCUUCACCCUCCCCCCCCCCCCCCGCCCAUCCACACACACUCACAGACACACACACACUCUCUUUUGCUUUUCCUCCUCCUCCUCUUUUCUUCCUUUUCCUUUUCUACUCCUCAUUCUUCCCUCGUAAUGAUUCAACCUCUUACUGGUCCUCUUCUUCUUCAUCAUCCUUUGCUUCCUAUAUUGUGCUGUCUUCGUCUUUUCCUCUUUUUUUUGUUCGUUUUCGUUCUUAAUUUCGUUCAUCUUCACUUUGUUUUUAUCUUCAUCGUCUUCGUCUUCGUCUUCGCCUGCUUCCUCUUCGUUGUCCUUUUCGAGCUCUUUAGUUGUUCCUCCUCCUCCUCUUUCUCCUCUUCCUUCUCCUCUUUUUCUUUGUCCCCCUCCUCCUCUGCCUCCUCUUUGUCCUUUUCGAGCGAUUGAAUAAUUCUAACUCCUCGUCCUUGUCCUCCUCCUCCUCCUCCUCUCCCUCUUCCUCUUCCUCCUCCUCCUCCUCCUCCUCCUCCUCUCCCUCUUCCUCUUCCUCCUCCUCCUCCUCCUCCUCCACAUCUUAAAAUUCGCCCAGGACACGCUGCUCUGUUUCUUUUUAUACCCCAAAACAUGUAUAUUUUCAUGCCUUUGUUCUGCAAAUGCUCCUUGCAAUGAGAAGCUUGGCGUGCGUGCCUUCCGGGGUGGUGCCUUUAAUAUUGCUUGAACACACACACACACACACACACACACACACACACACACACACACACACACACACACACACACACACAC